UCUUGCACGCUUUCCUACAAUACCUUUAAAACAAAAAGAAGAGAAUGAACAUUCAUUCUUUCUCAAUUUGGAUGCUAUGGCAACUUUCUUUCUUUUCUUCUUCUCCAUUUUCUUAUCUUCCAUGUCUCCUUCAUUGUCUUCUUCUUCUUUUCCUCUCUUAAUAGGCUCAGUCGAUGAGUUCAUGAACUAUACGGCGAUCUCAGACAUGAGGGUUCUUAACAGGAGGAUUUUGGCUGACUGUCUUGAUCCGAAUCCAUAUUUGUUUAUCAAUACGAGCACAGAAGGGCCAUUGUAUGAUGAGACCUACGUUACAGUUACUGUGGGUGGAGUGUUGGUUCCUGAUAAAGCUGAUUGGAUUGCCAUGAUCACGCCAGCAAAUGCAAAAAUCUCUGAUUGCCCUUUGAACAGUUUGCUUUAUUUACAAACUGGAGAUAUUAGCAGUCUUCCUCUCCUUUGCCACUAUCCUGUCAAGGCACAAUAUGUGAGCAGUGAUCCUUCUUACUUAAACUGCAGCAAGAGGAAAUGUGAAGUAUAUGAGAAUAAUGAUUGUUUGGUGCACAGUUGCAGUGCAUCAGUUACAUUUCAUGUUGUCAAUUUCAGAACAGAUUUAGAGUUUGUGUUCUUCACUGGAGGCUUUGAUGCUCCUUGCAUUCUGAAGAGAUCAGAUCCUUUAAGUUUUGCUAAUCCCAAACAACCUUUGUAUGGCCACCUCUCAAGCACUGACUCUACUGCAACAUCGAUGAGAUUAACUUGGGUUAGUGGAGAUGAGAACAAACAAGUAGUACAGUAUGCAGAAGGGAGAUCAUCAACUUCUCAGGUGUCAACCUUCACACAAGAUGAUAUGUGUAGUGGUAUAUUGCCUAGCCCAGCAAAGGAUUUUGGAUGGCACGAACCUGGAUAUGUUCAUACUGCUAUAAUGAGUGGGCUUCUACCAAAGCAGACCUACUCCUACAGAUAUGGAAGUGAUUCAGCUGGCUGGAGUGACCAAAUUAAAUUCAAGACACCACCAGCAACAGGGUCAGAUGAACUGAAGUUUCUUGCAUAUGGUGAUAUGGGCAAAGCUCCACUUGAUCCAUCUAAGGAGCAUUAUAUUCAGCCUGGUUCCAUAUCUGUGGUGGAAGCUGUGACAAAUGAGGUUGCAUCUGGCAAUGUGGAUUCAAUUUUUCAUAUUGGAGAUAUAAGCUAUGCUACUGGUUUUUUGGUUGAAUGGGAUUUCUUCCUAAGUUUUAUUGAACCUCUAGCAUCCCAUGUGGCUUACAUGACAGCCAUAGGCAACCAUGAGAGAGAUUAUGAAGGGUCUGGCUCAGUCUAUAUCACUCCAGAUUCUGGUGGUGAAUGUGGAGUUGCAUAUGAGACAUACUUUCCAAUGCCUGCAAUGGGAAAAGAUAAGCCAUGGUAUUCUAUUGAACAAGCAACUGUUCACUUCACAGUGAUCUCUACUGAACAUGAAUGGAAAGUCAAUUCUGAACAGUAUAACUGGAUCAACGAGGACUUGGCAUCAAUUGAUAGAAGAAGAACACCUUGGUCAAUCUUUUUGGGGCAUAGACCGAUGUAUUCUUCUUCUGAAAGCUCCAUACUACCAAAUGUGGAUGAUGGAUUUGUUAAGUCAAUCGAGCCACUUUUAAUGAAAAAUAAGGUAGAUUUGGUUUUCUUUGGCCAUGUUCAUAACUAUGAGAGAACUUGUGCAGUAUAUCAGAAGACAUGCGAAGGAUUACCAACAAAGAUUAAUGGAAUUGACACCUAUAAUAAUAGCAAUUACACUGCUCCAGUUCAUGCUGUUAUAGGAAUGGGAGGCUUUACCUUGGAUAAAUUUUCUGAUGAUGCUGCUGAAUGGAGUAUAGUUAGGAUUUCUGAAUUUGGUUACGUAAGAGUGCAUGCAACAUCACAGAAAAUAACAGUUGAGUUGAAUAUCCCUAUAUCUGCUAGUUGUGAUUAG